AUGUCUGAGCAUAGCUGGACGGUGGCCAAGUUUCCGUUCUCAGCCACCGACGAGCGCCAGCUGGGGGUGGCCAAGGGUGAGGCCGUCCUUGUCGUCCGUCCGUCGGGCAACUGGUGGUAUGCCCGAUCAGCCACCGGUGCCGAGGGGCUCAUCCCCUCCAACUACAUGAGCGGACUGAUGACUGCUGAGGAAGCUGGUCUUGAUCCUGGUUCUGUGCGCGCCUUUCUCGCCUUUGAUGACCUUGAUGCCGAAGGUGAGGCCGAGGCCGAGGGCGAGGCCGAGUACGUGGAGAUCCUGGUCGAGAUCGAUGCCGAUGGCGUUGAGCAAGUAGUUGCCGAUGUCGAGAGUAAGGAUGAUGUGGCUGCUUUGCUUGCAGAAGCACAGCGUGAGGACUCGAUGGUGUUGGAGGCCGCGACUGCUGUAGUGGCGGUUGAAGGGGCUGGCGCUGAUGAUGUUGCUGCGCUGCUGGGUGAGGGCACGAACCCUGAUGGAACGGAUGCGGAUGAUGUUGCUGCGCUGCUGGGUGAGGGCACGAAUCCUGAUGGAACGGAUGCGGAUGAUGUUGCUGCGUUGCUGGGUGAGGGCACGAAUCCUGAUGGAACGGAUGCGGAUGAUGUUGCUGCGUUGCUGGGUGAGGGCACGAACCCUGAUGGAACGGAUGCGGAUGAUGUUGCUGCGUUGCUGGGUGAGGGCACGAACCCUGAUGGAACGGAUGCGGAUGAUGUUGCUGCGUUGCUGGGUGACGGCACGAAUCCUGAUGGGACGGAUGCGGAUGAUGUUGCUGCGCUGCUGGGUGAGGGCACGAACCCAGACGCCACAGACGCCGACGACGUUGCUGCCCUCCUCGCCAACGACACACACCCGGACGCCACAGACGCCGACGACGUUGCUGCCCUCCUCGCCAACGACACACAACCGGACGCCACAGACGCCGACCCGCCCAACGACUCCGCAGCUGAUGCCGCUCCACUCGAGGCCGACCAGAUACGGUGGGAGCAAGACGACGACGUCAUCUCGAGUGUGGGCACGACCGAGGCGGCGGCAGAGCUUGUGGACACCAUGGGCGUCGACACCAUUGUGCGCCUGGUAGUCGAGCAGGACGAUGUCAUGGGUCUGUCCGAUCCGUGCCUCUCGUCGGUCGACCUCGGCUACGACGCAUCCGAUGACGCUCGCGCCAUCCUGGAGGACAUCACACUCGAGCCUCAAUAUGUGGAGCCCAAGCCGUCCCGCCGCCGCCGCCGACGGACCCGCGAGCAGGCCAAGGCUCACGCCCGUGCCCGCCGCGCCCACGCCAGGGCCCAGCAGGCAGCUGCCGCCAGCGCCCCCGCGCCCCCAAAGCCCAAGACGCUCGCCGAGCUCAUGGCCGACGCCGAACGGGUCGAACGCAUCCAGCAGGCGAGCACAAGGUUGCAAUACAAGGAGGAGGCCAUGGCGCCGCCCACUGAGACCCUCCUCGAACGCAAGGACACGCCGUGGCGCAAGCGCACUGAGCCGCUGCGCCCACGCCGUACCCGUGCUCAGCCGCACUCGUCGCUCUUCCCGCCCCGCACUUCGAUAUUCGACGACCCACUCCCGCACCCCCCGAAUCCCCGGCCGGCCUCGCCGCUCCGGAUUGGCCUCUCCUACAUCGGCCGAUCGUCGCCGCCGUCCCGUGCCUCGCCCGCCUCCCUCGUCGCCGCCAUCGAGCACUCGGCCGUCCGCCUCCCACCUGUCGAGCUGCCACUCGCCGGCGCCCCGUCCCGCCCGCUCCUUGUCCCUGACACCCGCGAUCCCAUCCGCGAGCAAGCCAUCCAGGCCAUCCUCCGCACCGUCCUCACCACCGCCAACUCGGCCAUGGUGCCGUAA